AUGCUUCAUUCGAAGCUGAAAUCAAGUAUUUUCAGUAGAAUACACUUCAGAAAACUGUUGGUGUUGAACAAUAGUCUUAGAUUUCAAACAACGGUUAGUUUUGGUGACUUUAAAGAGCUACAUCCGCUGCUAUUAGAACGAGCGAAGAAAUAUGCAAGUGAGCUGCAGUUGAUGGAACAGAAGAUGUCACAGGGCUCGUUGAACUUUGACGUUGAGCGAGAAAAACAUUUCUCGAGGCUUUCGGCAAUUGUAGACUCUUACAGAAAAUACUGCAGUGAGAUAUCUACUGUUUGUGAACUACAAGUGAUGGCGGAAAAUGAUGAGAGUUUGCGAGAAGAAGCUCAAGAAGAAAUAAAGGAAAUCAUUCCGGCUUUGGUAAAAACGUCAGGUGCUCUUUUGGGACAUCUUCUGCCGCCACAUCCGUUUUCAGAUAGACCCUGCAUUUUAGAAAUUCGUCCCGGCGUUGGAGGAAUCGAAGCCAUGAUUUUUGCCCAGGAUCUACUGAACAUGUACACAAACUACGCACACAACAAGAGGUGGAAGCACCACAUAAUAUCACACAAUGAAAACGAGAGCGGAUCCGGAAUCGUCGAUGCAAUUCUUAGCAUCGACGAGCCAGGCGCCUACGAAAUGCUAAGAUUCGAAGCCGGUGUGCACAGAGUACAGCGGAUUCCGGCGACUGAAACAAAAGGUAGAACGCAUACUUCAACUGCAGCUGUUAUCGUGCUACCUCAGAUGGCCGCAGACACAGAAAAAGAAGCACAAUCGUACGAAAGAUCGUUCAAACCGGAUGAAAUCAGAAUAGACGUCAUGAGAGCUAGCGGGAAGGGCGGGCAGCAUGUAAAUACGACGGACUCUGCGGUGCGACUUACCCACUAUCCAUCUGGUAUUGUGAUCAACAUGCAGAAUGAGAGAUCGCAGCAUAAAAACAAAGCCAAGGCUUUUGCCAUUUUGCGGGCCCGCUUGGCAGAGAUGGAACAAAAGGAAAAGGAGCAAAAGGCUAGGGAUGCUAGAAAGGGUCAAGUCAGCACUACCGAUCGCUCGGACAAAAUCAGAACCUACAACUUCCCUCAGAACCGCAUCACUGACCACCGUUGUGGGUUCAAUCUUCACGACAUGGAGGGUUUUAUGGCUGGAGAACGGCUGGACGAUAUAGUGGAUGCAAUGCGUAAUUUUGACAGUGACACGCGAGCUAACGAGCUUCUAAAAGAUGCCGAGGAUUUCAAGAUGAAUAGUGAAUGA